UGUCUUUAUUUGAAAAUUUGUUGUUUAUAUAUAUAUACAUAAAUAUAUCAAUAUAUUUUUUUUUGGAGGGGUUUAAUUUGUUCCGCUGUGUCUCCCGCUCUCGUUUCAAUGCAGCAAAGCGGAGAAAUUGUUUAUUCUUAUGCGAUUUGAGUGUAUGAAAUUUGAAGGCAUAUUGUAGGCAGAGGGCAUUGCAGUCAAUGUGCUAGAGAAAUUAAGGGUCAGAAAUUUUGCUUGAAUGCCACAAAGCUAGCAAAUUCAAUGCGGCCUUUGAAGCUAUAAUGAGGCAGGGGAGCAACUUAUGUGGUGCAUCUGCCAACUGAUCAAAGUUUUUAUAUCUGGAUCAAUAGGAAAUCAAGUAGAAUCUGAUGCCGCAGCAUCAAUUAUCACCUCCUCCGCCAAAUCACAAUUCAAUAAACAAAGAGCCACAACCAAAACCACAUACUGAUCCACCCACAUCCUCUCCAACAAAUCAGCCUGUAGAAUCUCAACAAGACCAGGAGGAGCAACACAUUUCUCAAGAAAGUGCAGAUCAAAUAUCAAUAUUAGAAUUUCCGGAAGAGCUUGGUGAUCCAGUGUCAGAGGAGCCAAGUGAAACUCCUGUGACCAAAUCAGGUUCAGAUCCUAUUUCAUGCAGCGAAACCAGAAAAGUAUCAUGUGAAGAUAUUCAACUUGUCCAAAAUUUGAUAGAAAGAUGUUUACAACUAUACAUGAGUCAGGAUGAAGUAAUUAAAACUUUGUUGAACCAAGCAAGGAUAGAGCCCGGCUUUACCAGUCUUGUGUGGCAAAAGUUAGAAGAACAGAACAAUGAUUUUUUUACAGCUUAUUAUGCCAGACUCAAGUUAAAGAAUCAGAUCAUUUUGUUCAAUCAUCUUCUAGAACAACAGUAUCAGUUUAUGAAGAUGCAGAUGCCUCCGAAAUUUCCUUUGGCACCCAUUCAUAAUGCACACCAUCUUCCAAUGGGUUACCCAGUAUUGCCACAACCAUCACUUAUAGCAACCGGCCAUCCACACAUGGUUCCUAUGACUUGUGGAACAUCUGGUAUUCCAGUAGUGAAUGGAGCUUCUUUUCAGGAAAACUUUAUCUCUUCUCAAGGGAGCCCUGGAACAGAUAAUUUGACAGAUAUUUCAAUGGAAGUCCCUCCUGUUGUGCAGUCUCCUUGUACUGCCAUAUCAACUAUGAAUGAUAUGUCAUUGAGCCCAACUUCAGUAAUGUCAAGCAGCCCUUUCCCAUUCAAUCCAACGGAUAUGUCUGGUAUGGGUAUGUCCAUGGAUGGAAACCUUUCCUCUGGUGAUGCUCCGGGUCCAAGUGGCAUUGGUGCAUUAAACAUGGUCACAGAUGGGGAAAAUGGUGGUGUAAGGGACUCCCUUAAGUCACUAUGUCAGCUUCCUCGUAAUUUCAGUCUCUCAGACCUCACUGCAGAUUUAACACAUGGAGAUCUUGGUCCCCUUGGAAGUUAUUCUGGUUCACCCUUUUUAACACCAGAGACAGAAGCUUUCUUUAGGUCCCCAGACAAGGAUGAAUUAGAUGAGGAAAAAAUGUUAGAAUCGAUCAUUGAACCUUACUCUGACGAAGGAAAUGAAGGAUGAUUUUGAGAAUUAUUCUUUUGUUUCUGAAAGGAUUUCUUCCUUCGAAAAAAUCAUGAUUAGUGAGGCAUUCACGUUUAUUAUUGCAUUAGACAUGUGAGCGCCCAGAUAAUUUAAUUUAAGUCUCCAUAUAUUCAGUGGUGGUGGCAGCUACUUUGAUAGCUAGGAAUGAGUUAUUUGUACAUAAAUUGCGGCCUCUCCAUAUGCAGGAUAAUUUAUGGUACCAUCGUAUCUUGGCUGUGUCAAGAUGGCUCAGCUGACAAUUUUGACCCAAUUAAUCUUGUGUAGAUUCUACCAGACGUGUCUCAGUAAAUGUCAAGAUUUGAUAUUAAAUGA